AUGGCUCUGAUCCCUUAUACCAAGGAGCAGCUGGAUGACUGCAUCCUCAUGCCUCUUGAUCCACCGACCACCACGUUCUACCUAUUCAACAAUCUCCCUGUUGAAAUGCGCCUUAAGAUUUGGGAGUCCGCACUUUCGAACCCUCGACAAGUCAAGGUCGUCGUGGCCGAUAAUAACAUCUGCGAGUUCUCAAUUUGGAACUGUCAUCAUGAACGAAUCUUCCAUGCCGAUGAUGUCGAUGAUGACCAGCCCUACGGCGUCUUCAUCAAGAAGAGUGCGACAUACCACCCGCUUCUAAACACAACAUCCGAGUCGCGCAACGUCGCCAAGAAGUUCUACCGUGUCCAGCUCCCCUGCCGACGACUUGGACCUAACGGAAGCAGCGAGGGCACCCUGUUCCUUUGCCCUGAAUUGGAUACCAUUCAUCUCGAAACCGACAUCUUGCCACUUCGGCAUUUUGAGAAGUUUGCUGAUGCUGUUUUUGCCGCAGACAAGCACAAAGUCGGCCUCGUCAACUUGGCCCUCGACUGCGAACUCCGUCACGACGAGAAUGAGUUUCCCAUCUCUGACGACGAACGUCUCCUUUUCAUUGAGGCCAUUCGUCGAUUGGAAGUCUUGACCAUUGUUGGGCGCGUGCCCAACAAAUGCACCCAGCUCCUAACAUACGGAAGUGACCUGCGGGUCAUCAAUCAAUCCCCUCGCUUUGUUGACAAAUGUAUCAACACCGAGGAAUAUGAUCAAGGUUUCUUCGACUAUAAAUCGGGUCUGUACGAAAACGAGUUGACAGCCGUUCGCAUCGGAGGCGAGGACCCCCGUCGUGGGUAUUAUUCCUUUCGCAAUCUGAUGCAGGUGUUGGAAAUCCCCAAUGAUGUUUACACGGCCAACGAGAUUUUCAAGCUCACCCACAACCAUGAGCCACAUUUCAUCUGCAUUAACGGUGAUCCGGAUGAGUAUAGAAUCGCCAGCAACACACAGCGGGAGUACCGAGAGUACAGCAAGGAGCCCCCUGCUGUUGGAUUUUGGCUUUUCCCGCUCAGUGCCAUCGGUCCAUUCUACCUUCACGACAUCAAGCCAUGGAAUGGGCUUCCUUCGCAUCCCAAAGCGGACAUUGAGGUGAAAGACCGGGUCAUUGACCUCAGUGGCUGUUACUCGCGCUUUUGCUUUUUUCGUCCUGCAUAUUAG